UUGCGGGUCUCCAUAGUAACCGUGGAUAGUUUGGGGAAGGGCAGCUGUUUGUUUCGCAGUUCGAUCGUCUCAACUGUGACGUCAUCACAUCGUUUGGACAGUGAACUGGACAGCUUGGAUCAAACUGCAGCAGUGUGUCUCUGAGAUGGCGGGGACGUCCAGACACGACAGAGAGAUGGCAGUCAAGGCCAAGCGUCAGCUGUCGGAGAGCACUGACCCAUUGGAGCGGCUCAGGCUGCAGUGUCUGACCCGGGGUUCAGCUGGGAUCAAAGGUCUGGGCAGAACCUUUAAGAUCAUGGAUGACGACAGCAGCCGCUCUCUGGACUUCAGAGAGUUCGUGAAGGGUUUAAAUGACUAUGGCGUCAUGAUGGAGAAGGAGGAGGCGGCCACGCUGUUUAACCAAUUUGACCGUGACGGGAGUGGAACAAUUGACUUUGACGAAUUCCUCGUCACUGUCAGGCCGAACAUGUCCAAGGCCAGGAAGGAGGUGGUCAUGCAGGCCUUUCGGAAGCUGGACAAGUCCGGCGAUGGUGUGAUCACCAUUGAAGACCUGCAGGGCGUGUACAACGCCACGUACCACCCCAAGUUCAAGAAUGGAGAGUGGACAGAGGAGCAGGUGUUCCGGACCUUUCUGGACAGCUUUGACUCGCCGUAUGACAAAGACGGAAAAGUGACCAAAGAGGAGUUUUUCAACUACUACUGUGGCGUAAGCGCGUCCAUCGACAGCGAUGCAUACUUCAACCUGAUGAUGAGGAACGCCUGGAAGCUGUGACGCCAUCACUGAGUUUAAAUGCUGUUAUUGUUUGUUAUUGACCACUGUUCGUUUGAUUAAAAAUCACAUUU